GUCGGCUGAUAUUGCAGUUUCGAUUUUCGAGUGCUUGGGCGUUGCUGUAAUCUUUUUAAAUAAUGCGACGUGAUAGUGGUUCUGCGUCGCUGGGCAUAAAUGCAACGGAACCGUAAGCUUGAGUCAGUUGUCUUAGAGGUGUUGAAUUGUUCAGAGCUUGUUACGGAGCAUUCUUAAACGAAACUGACUGUACCAUUAUGCGUCAAAGAGGGAAUCUAUUUCACGAUGACUCCAGGAUUCGUCAUCAGUACGAUGAAAUGCCUCUCACCAUGAAAGAACUCGGCGUCGAGAAAGGUUUUGAUUUUGACUUCAAAUAUGGACAAAAAUCUGCGUGCGAAUUCAACGAAGAUUUGGCGGCUAUUGACCAGAGUAUGAUGCAUAGCCCGAAGAUAAACCGUCACCGAAAGAAAAAGAGGAGAAAGUAUCCGAAGUUCAGAUUUGUUCCGAGCCUUGAAGCCAUCAAAGAAAACGAACUGUUUGAAACUCAUUUCGAAAGUAUAAGGAAAUUAGACAAAGAUUUAGCCUCCAUUCAUGAAGAGCGAGCCCUGAAUCGUGGAAUGUCCAUAGCGGAAGAAGGAAGGCGGGAGCGUCGAAAAAGAGGUUCAAGAAGUUCUAGAAUGACGUGAUUGUAAAAAGCAACGACUGUGCCAGUCAAAGAAAAAAAAAUCCAACCAUUCUUGGGAAAGGACGCUAAGACAGUCGAAUAACCAUACACCUUGCUGUAUGAGUCAAAAAAUAACGUGGUACAGGAAUUCAAUGAUACCAUCAGCUCUUGCGCAGCCAUGAAUCUAUUUAUUCUUUAAAAAGAAAUGCGAACUUUGUCAAGACUCGGCAAAAUGGAAGAUGUAAGCGUUUCGCGACGAGCGAGUGGGUGUAACAGUAAAUUAACUCAGAAAGCAACUUUUAAACAACUGGUAGACAUUAAAGCUUUCAGGAAUCUUUUAGUUUCACCCUAAAUGUACUUCGUCAUAGCAGAGACCGUGAUUUUGGCGGGUGGAACAAAGAGUCGCAAGGGAAAGAUGCAGAGAGGAAAUAACAACCCUAUAUUGAAUGAUAUGUGGUCAAUUUUCUGUCCGUUAUUAAAGUUAGAAAAGAUCUGUGUAGAGGCGAAUGAUCCGUCGGUAUUUGCCACGCCAAUAACCCACAAGGAGGAGAAGUUAUGGGGAUUGUUAACAAUUCCUUCAAUCUUCUAAUAUUGUGAUUUCGGCAUUCAAGAAGCAUACGUGCUAGUCUGUUAAGCGAAAUCUUAAUAUUCAAGUAUCAAUAAACAUCGUUUACAGUUAAA